AUGGAUUACACCGGCGGCACCGUGGAGGCCGAUCAUCUCUGCGUCCUGGUCCAUGGGCUUUGGGGUAACCCCAACCACAUGGCCCAGAUCGCCAAAAGUUUGCGUGCAAAACACCCAGCCGACAAGCUGUACCUGCUGCUUGCGAAGCGCAACAGCGGCUCAUUCACCUACGACGGCAUCGAGCGCGGCGGCGAACGCGUCUGCGCCGAGAUCGAGGAGGAACUGCGCGCCAUCAGCGAAAGGGGCGGCAAGAUCACCAAGCUGAGCAUCGUCGGCUACUCACUCGGCGGUCUGGUCUCUCGCUAUGCGGUCGGCCUGCUUCAUUCCAAGGGCGUUCUCGACACCGUAGAAUGCAUGAACUUUGUAACCUUCGCGACGCCUCAUCUCGGCGUCCGCACGCCGUUGCGCGGGGCGCAUAACCACCUCUGGAACGUCCUCGGCGCGCGCACCCUCUCCAUGUCCGGCCGCCAGCUCUUCACGAUCGACAACUUCCGCGACACGGGCAGGCCGCUCCUCGCAGUCCUCGCCGACCCCAACUCCAUCUUCCUGGCAGGACUGAAGCGCUUCAAACGCCACACCCUCUACACCAACAUCGUCAACGACAGAAGCGCCGUGCACUACACCACCGGCAUCACCAAGACAGACCCGUACACGAACCUCGACAACAUCAAAGUCAACUUCCUCGACGGCUACGAAGAGGUCAUCCUCGACCCCAAACACCCCGUCGCGCCGCGCCCGAAGGUCUCCGGCCCCGCCACCAUCUCCUCCGUCGCCUCCGCCAGCGUGAAAUGGGUCCAACGCAUCCCCUUUAUCGUCGCCCUCACCGUCUUCGUGCCCAUCGGCAUCGUCGCCUUCCUCUUCAACUCGGUGAUCCAGACCGUCCGCUCCUCGAAACGCAUCCAGCUCCACGAGAAGGGCCUCGCCGGCGUCGCGAUCGAGGAGUACCGCGGCCCACUGUGGAUGAAGGAGAUCCGCGAGGAGGUCGAGCACGUCUACGAGACGCUCAACAGCUCGCAGGACCAGGAGUACCUCGGCAGCGACACGGAGGACGACGACGACAUCGACUCGCGCGAGAUGGACCGCAGCACGACGCAGCUGCUCGCGCGGGAGCGGCGCAUGUCGGUGCCCUCGCAGCCGACGCUCGCGCUGGCCCCGUACCAGUUCCAGAUGAUCCAGAACCUCGACUCCGUCGGCUGGCACAAGUAUCCCGUCUGGAUUCACAAGGACAGGCACAGCCACGCCGCCAUCAUCGUGCGGUGGGAGAAGAAGACCUUCACCGAGGGACACGUCGUGUUGAAGCACUGGCUGAACGAGGAGUUUGUCAUUUGA